AUGUCGCAAGACAUGUUUAAUCACGGCGUUGGAGCCCUGGCACAUCCAGACACGCGCAAUUUGCCAUUCAAUUUCGACCAAGACGAUUGCGCUUUGUCACUUCCGCCUCCGCCGGCUACCAGAGGCCAUCAACGAUCGAGAACCACCGUCGACCUUCCACCUCUCUUCACCCGAACGCAGUCUUCCUCUCCCACCCGGUCCUCCGUAUUUUCAUUUUUGCGACCGGGAAGCACUAGCUCGGUGUCUCCAGAAGGGGUACCGACUGCAGAAGCAGACGAAACCGCUAGCCACGGGCGAUCACAGUCACCUACCAAGAGGAGGACUGGCGGUCUGGCGGCUUGGUUAGAAGGAGGGUCAUCUGCUCCAGUGAAUAUAGGACUGGUCCCUUCUCCGCAAAAAGAGAGUCUGGAUCCCGUCGAGGAGGUCGGCACAACUGGUGAGCUCUCCUCCUCGUGUCGAGACUCGCUGGACGCCUUGACAAGACGACCCCAAGUGAAACCCACUUCCUCCGGGCAGACAUUAUCCACCAUGUCGAAAUUCAAUAUCUUUAGAAGGAGUACCACUACCCUGACGUCUCCGGAGGAUAUGGAUGAAUUGGCUCAGCUCGAUGUCGACGCGGCCCUCUUCCCGCAUGGCCGGCCGGACGAAUUUUCCCCGGCCGCAUUUAAGAAUCUCCAACAAAACGCCGAGGGAACAAUACGACGCUUGCAACUGGCCUACCGGGAACAGCGUCAGUCGCUACGUGCGGUCAACUCGACGAAAAAUGUCCAGGCAGACGAAUUGGAGGCCGCGGAGACGAGAAACGAGCACUUGAAACUCCAACUGCAGGAGAUGGCCGAGCGAGCGGCAGAGCAGGAGAAACUGAUGAUAGAGAUGAGGGCGCAGCUGCAGGCUCAACGGUCAUCUCACGAGACCCACCAGCAAAGCAUCAGGAUGGUGGCGCAGGAUCAAGAUGGGCCCCCUCGACCCAAGUACCGCCGCUACCGCUCGUCCGACGUCUCGACAUCAGGAGAAUCUGAAGCUGGCUCAGAAGUGAGUUCAGUGGUCAGCGUCUUCUCAGAACAGUUGUCGAUAGCUCCAUCGCAUGCGACGUCACUAGAAUCAUCUGAAACCUCUGCGAGAGCGGACUGCCCGAGAUGUCAUGGCAUGAGACCCUCGGACGCCUGGGAUGUGGUCGGAGUGAUGAAGAUGGAGUCGGCGGCCUUGAAGCAACGGAUUGCCGUCCUGGAAAGCGCGCAAGACGAUGCUAUGGAUCUCAUCAACGGACUGAAGCUAUCGUUUUGA